UGCGAACCGAAAAAAACAUACAUAAUAAGAUAUUUCGGAAAAAGGAACUAUGUUUACUUUCUACAUCUGAAAUUAGAUGCUAUUCCGGCAAAGAAUACAAUGUCGCUCCUUAAUGUCUUGGUCCCGGUGGGAACCUUGACAAGCCUCGUAGAGGACAUCUGUAAACAAAUCGAUGUCGGUCGUCUUGAAGUCACGGAUGUCCCAUCUAAAAAGAGACCAACGUCCGAGUUAAAUCAGCUCGUUGCUCUUCUCGGGCAGAAGUUAAACAGGAGCUUCAAAUCCCACACACUAAUCAUGAUGGACUCUCUUGAAGACUUCUACUUGGACGAAGUAGAGGGCGAAAAGUGUAUCUUCUGCAUAAGAAAAAAUCAAUCUGGACCGGCAAUUUGGACAGAUAUGGUUAGGGAGUGUCGCAUCGAAGAAAACACCGUCUCUCUCAUCGAGGAGGGCUAUCUCCACGCCGAAGGUGACGAUGGUGGCAUUUAUCUUAUAUUGUGGCCUCUGAAGGGGCCAGAGGAAAGCCUCACGGCGCAGGGGCCUCCAGAGCGACGAGAUAAUAGACAAUUGGUAGCUCCACAAGCACAGUACGACGUUGCGGAUAAAGCUAUAGAGAUCGACAGGGCACGAGAAACAAUUACAUUAGAAGAUUGUAGGAAACAGUUAGCUUUAUGGGAGAAGCUAGAUAAGGAGAUCAGGAGUCAGCGGAAAAGAGGUAGGGACUUAAUGGCGGACUCGGCCCCUGAGGAUGCUAUUAGGGUCUACGGCGAAGCCGAAGAAACCCACGAAGAUAUGACACGGGAGGGGAUCGCGGAACUUGAAAGACGAGUGAGAUUUUUAGUUCAAGGAGCGUCAAAGAAGACUGGAUUGGCAGCACGAAAUUCUAUUAACGGGCCUACCGGUGUCUAUGGGAAUCGGGAAAAAGACAUACGGUCAGAUGGCAUCACCGAGGUGAUACCUAUAGAGCAUCAGAGCAACAAGAGACGGAAAAUAAGAAGUACUAUGUGAAGAGGAAAGUGUAUAUAUUACUAAACUUCGGGCUAUUAUUAUGUAUAUCGGUGUAAAUUUGAGGUAUAAUCUUCCUGUCUAUCGUUCAUGUAUGAAAGCCUACUUGCUACCAUCUAAAAACUAUGAGAAUAUUAGCACGA